AUGCCUUCGCUAGGUACUCCAAUUCUUUCCGCACAAGAUGAAGAUUGUUUUUUAGGGGUGUAUGAGUCUUCAAAUCAAAACAAUUAUUCAUAUAAUUCUCACAUGAACAAAAGCAACCAACCUCCUCCACCACCACCUCCGAGCAUUAAUUAUCAAAAUUAUGUACCCAAUAAUAAUUAUUUCGGAAAAAAGAAGAAGCCUGGAAAGAAUGACUGGACGGAUUAUUUGGCUUUAAUUUCUCUCAAAUUUUGUACUCAAGAUCAAACAAAGAGGCCGAGCGAAUACAACGAUAAUGAUAUAAAAAUUAUUUUGGAAAAACAAUUGGAUUAUACUCGUGGAGACAAUUCUCUUCAUUUAUCAAAGUGUAAAAAUUAUCCGGAAAAAUCAGAGGGAGCUCACAGGACAAUGAUAUUAGAUUUUGGAUCUGAAUAUUUAAAGAAUAGAUACUGGAACAAGAUAUCUCCUGGAACACAAUUUAAAAACACAAAACGAGACGAUACUUCGCAAUAUGUUGAAGUUGUAAAUUUAACAGACCUCAUGUAUGAUAGCAAGAAACGAACGGAAUGUAUUUAUAUAAUGAAUGGAACGAAAACUUCUCAACCUAUGAAUCCACCGGAGAUGGCAGACCAGAAUACUAAUAGCAUGGGCAACGAUUCUCAUCUACAAUCAACAACCCUCAGUAGCUCCGGCUCCUCAUCCAGUUCUCCAGUUCCCUUAGAUCCUUUAUUGGAAGAAAUGAAAGAUUACGCUGAAAGAUUUGAGAUGCUCAAAAGGAAACGUGAGGAGUAUGAACAAGAUAUUAUAUCAAAAGUUCGUCAAGCAAUUGAUGAAAUGUACCAGCCCAAAGCUAAAAAAGACGAUGUCACAUUCGUGGAUGACAAUGACGAUGAUUUGAGCGUCAAAAUCCACUAG